AUGGCAUUCAACAUCGAUCUGAAUAAUUCCUUUGGUGCACUAUAUAUCGGCGCUACUAUUGGUGCAAUUUUUUUCGGUUUGAGCAAUGUCCAAGCGUUUCUUUACUUCCAGGCACACAGGGACGAGGGAAUCACAUUCUACAAAAUUGCAGUAUGCUGGCUCUGUUUUCUCGAUGCUUUGCAUGUCGCUUUGGUCAAUCACAUCAUAUACUAUUAUCUUAUCGUCAACUAUGCAAAUCCGCUAGCACUUCCCGAGAUUGUGUGGAGCUUUAAGGUGAUGAUGAUCAUCGACACACUUAUUGUGUAUACUGUGCACCUCCUAUAUCUGCAGCGGAUAUGGAUACGCGUUGCCAUCGUUCUGCUCAGGGCAAUAUUCAAGUGCCAUCUUUUUUCGGAGCUGGAUAGUAUUCGGUGGACCGUCUACCUGGGUUUGGGCGCGGUCACGUUGAUCGACAUCCUCAUCGCCACUUCAUUGUGUUACCUCCUUGCUACUGCCAAGACGGGGUUCACUAAAACAGAUAGGACACUUCAGACGCUCGUGAGAGACAUUAUCAAUACAGGAUGCUUGACAAGUGUGUUAUCGAUGGCGUGCAUAAUCACAGGCGCAGUAAUGCCAAACAACCUCAUCUACCUUGCAAUCGAGUGGCUACUGUCCAAAUUAUAUGUGAACUCCUAUAUGGCUCUACUGAACGCGCGUUAUUACCACGAUGGAAGCGCACACACUUCACAAGCCCGACCCCCGCAAGUCUACCGCCCAGAGUUACAGGUCAAAGUUUCACAGGACGUAUUUCCCCGAAUUUCCACAUCGGACAAGUUGCAGGUCCCCGACAAGGCUCGGGAACACCCCACUUACUACACUCCUGUCGGGGCGGGAUGUGCCCAUCCCAUUGAAGUGGUCACAGAGUCGUUCUCGAAGUUGUAUCAGUGUACCGGCAUCUCUCGAGGGUAG